AUGGCCGCGCCGUCUGCAUGGCGGCAGUUCAACUUUUUCCAAGCAUCCCCCAACAUUAGCGACAUUGCAUGCAUCGCUCCGAGUUCGCAAGGUUUACUCGUUGCGGACAUUCAUGGCGCAAUACAAAUUCUCGACAGUGAUUUUGAGCUGGAUAGGACAUGGAUUGCACAUGAAAAUGGACACGUCACCCAUCUGCUCGAGAAACGGGGAAUUCUGGUCACUCUCAUCGAAGAAGUCGGUGUGCGCUACCCUAUCCUCAAGAUUUGGGACCUCGAACACAAGGACAAAUCUUCUGGUCAGCCACCGCUCCUACGCUCAACAAAACUCCAACAUGGCGGAGCACGACCACAUCCUGUGAGCACACUUGCACUCUCCAAUGGUCUUUCGCAUCUCGCAGUUGGGCUCGCAGACGGCACUGUUCUCUUCUUACGUGGCCUCGACCAAUAUCUCUUCAGUACGACAAAUCAGUCGUUGGCCUAUUUACCAAAGGUCAAAGUUAUACACGAAGCUGGUGAUCCGAUUACAGGCUUGGGAUUCCGCGAACCAUCCACCUCAUCCACGUCCUCGCCCUCUUUAUCAGACGAUCCAACCUCAGAGAACCUAUACCUCUUCAUCGUCACUCUCUCUCAAUUUUUUUCAUAUCAAGUCACAGGUCGUGGAACCGCUACAUCCAUUGCCAUUCCUACAGACGACUUGGGUGCGCUCCCCGGAUGCGCCACCAUGAACCAAAAGUCGACGGAUAUGAUCAUUGCACGAGACGAGGCGAUCUAUCUAGCCAACAUGGACGGACGUGGUCCAUCCUAUGCGGUCGAGGGAACAAAGACUACCGUGCUCACGUUUAGGAACUACCUCGUCAUCGUAUCCCCGCCAUUUGUGCCUGCUGUUGGCGAUGGAAGUGCCACAGUAAGGCGAUUCGCUGCGAGCGGACGUCCAGGAAACGUUCCCGGGCCAGCUGGUGCAAAGGGAGGGAAUGCAUUGGGAUCUGGUGCCGGUACAAAAGGAGAUAUCAGCAAAGUCGUCGUUUUUGAUGUGGAGAACAAGUAUAUUGCCUAUUCAAAUGUCUUUCGCGAGACGGUCCGACAGGUCUUCACUUGUUGGGGACGUUUGUUCGUCUUGACGAAUGAGUCGACGCUGUACCGACUCACUGAAGCAACUAUGCCCGCCAAACUCGAGAUGCUAUACAACAAGAACAACUAUGCGCUUGCCAUUUCGAUUGCAAAAAGCCAGGGACUCGAUGAGACAUCCAUCGCAGAUAUCUACCGUCGUUAUGGCGAUCAGUUUUACAAGGCGGAUGACCAUGAAGGUGCGAUGGAUCAAUACCUCAAGACGAUUGGAUCUGUGCAGCCCAGUUACGUAAUUCGAAAGUAUCUCGAUGCCCAACGUAUCCAAUGCCUCGCGGUUUAUCUCCAAGAACUCCAUGCGCGUGGCCUAGCGAAUUCGGACCACACGACUCUCCUCCUGAAUGCAUACACAAAAAUGAAAGACGUGGACAGGUUAGACGCCUUUAUUAAGGCGGACACCCACAAAGGCACCACUAGCGGUGAACUUCCGUUUGAUCUGGAGACGGUCAUACGUGUGUGUCGACAGGCUGGCUAUUUCGAUCAUGCAGUCUACCUUGCAAGAAAGUAUGAUCGACACGACGACUACCUACGGAUUCAAAUCGAAGACGCUGGCAAGUAUAAAGAUGCAUUGGCAUAUCUCCGCAAACUAGGUCCAGAAGCGUCACAGAGCAAUUUGACGCGCUACGGCCGGGUUUUGCUGGAGAAACUACCCGAGGAAACGACGCAACUGUUCAUCGACAUAUGUACAGGCUCUGGCUUUUCGGUGACCGAGGCGACUGUAGAAACAGAUCCAACAAAGAAUACGGCGGCUGGGGGUCCGUCGUAUCUCUCCUAUCUGGCUUAUAACCGUAACAGCACCGCACCUCCAAGUGAUGCCGCGUCAACUACCGGUGCUACGAUCAAAGAGCCACAAAAGGUGGCCAAAGAAGCGGCACCGUCAUCUACUGGAUCGGGAAAUGAGCCUGGGCAUCGCAAGCAGCAGUCGGGUAUUUACUCUGGUUCUCGAGGCGCAAGUCCCUCACCAGCGAAUAAACGACAGAUCCCAGCUGUCAGAAAGCCGUCUCCAAGAGUGUAUUUUGUGCACUUUGUCGAUCACCCAGAGCACUUUGUACGCUUCCUUGAAGCGGUUGCAUUGGCGAGGUGGGGACAACGCGUCGAUCUGAAGAGCAAGGCCCCUGAACAGAAGAAGCCAGCCGUGGAGAAGGACGAAGUGGAAGGUGAUCUGGACGUCGAGGCUGACAAGUUGGAUCGGAUGGCGGUGUGGAAUACACUCAUCGAGCUCUAUCUCAGUCUCUCAGCCGACUAUGCAAAGGAUAAGCAAGACUUGGCCAAGUCUAUGCAGUCAAAGGCGCUCUACGUCCUCAAGAGUCCAUUCGAAUUCGAUUUGACGCAUGCACUCCUCGUAUGUUCGACCAAACAGUUUACUGAGGGGUUGGUGCUCCUCUGGGAGAAACUGGGCAUGUACGAGGAUAUCUUGCGGUUCUUCAUGGACAAGGAGAAUGAAUUAACGGCUUCGAAUAGCCAGAACCCGACCGGAGAGGUACGUCCCUCUGCAGAGGUAUCGCGAUACCUGCAGCGGUACGGCGAGUCGGAUCCAAAUCUGUAUCCGUUGGUGUUGCGGUUCCUUACAUCCACACCAGAGCUCUUGCAGCGACAUACGAGUGAUCUGACGGGAAUACUGGAGCAUAUUGAAGAGGGCAAGAUUAUGCCACCGCUGGCCGUCGUGCAAGUUCUUAGCAGGAACAAAGUUGCGAGCGUCGGACUCGUCAAGCCAUGGUUACUGCGUAGGAUUUCAGAGUCGAAGAAUGAGAUCGAUUCGGAUCGCCGGCUCAUCGAUUCGUAUCGAUCAGAGACGGCAGCGAAACUGAAGGAUAUUGCAGAGCUGUCAGAUCCAGACGCUCCCAAGAUGUUCCAUACGUCGCAAUGUUCUGCGGGUGACGGACCCCUCGAGCUGCCGGUCGUGCACUUUAUGUGCAAGCAUAGCUAUCAUCAAAGAUGUCUUGGGGAGCACGAGACAGAGUGUCCCAUUUGUGCGCGUCAACACAGCGUUAUUCGACAGUUGCGGCGUGACAACGAGCGACUUGCACAACAACACGAUGUGUUCCUCGCGGAAGUCGAGGAAAACGGGUUCUCCGCGAUCGCCACUGCGUUCAGCCAGGGGAUCCUCAAUGUCCCUCGCGACGAGGGCGUCGCAUUAUAG